AUGAGGAUACGUCUUUCAACUUCAUAUCCUUUACCUGAGUUUAGAUGUUGGCAUUCUAUUUCACCUUUAUCAGAUUCUAUGACAAUUAGAGAUUUAAUUGAACAAAUCAUUGAGACUUUUUUAUUUAAUAUAGAUACAUGUUACUUAAGUCUUGAAUUAGAGGGAUUCCAUCUUCCUUUAAACUCAUCAGUUUCUAAAAUACUCAGGGAAAAUGAUUUAAUCAUAUUAAAAAAAAUUAAUGAUGCACCUGAAGCAGGUGAUAGGAUAUAUACUAUAUUUAAUAGAGGGACAUCUAUGGAUCUGGAAGCUUUUGGAAAAGAUAAAAUAGAAAAUGAUAUAUAUUUGUUAAAAUAUAACAAACGGUUUGAUAUGUCUGAUCAUAGGAGAACUAUACAGAGUAAUUCUAUUAAAGAGAAAACAUCAUGUUUUGAAAAUAUAGAACGUUCUUUUUCACAGGAAGACAAUUCAAUUCAUUUUAAUACAUUAAAAAAUAAAGACAAUUCCAGUAAAAUAGAAAAAAUACAACCAUAUAAAAAAGAAACAGCUACAAAAGAAUCGGAUUCAGAAUCGUCUGAUGUGUCGUCGUCAUCAUCAUCGUCGUCGUCAUCAUCAUCUGCAUCUGCAUCUGAAUCAUCAAUAUCCUCAAAAUUAUCUAUUUCUAAAAAAAGUUCAGAUUCAAGCAUAUCAUCAAAAUCUAGUUCAAGAAUAGAUAAUGUAUCUUCACAUAAUAAAAAUCAAAGGUUGCCAGGACAGGGAAUGCCCUCUACUAAAGCACGUAAUUUAAGAAGAAAAAGAACUAAAAGACUGAUGAUGUAUAAAGAAAAAGGGAUUCUUCCAGAAUCAGCUAGAUUUUCAGAUUUGUUACAAUUAGAAAAAAAAAUAGGUGACACUAUAAAUCAUACAAAGAUUGAAAUAAGGCCAACAAAAAAGAAUAUAAAGAAUAAAAGAGGGAAUUUUAUUUCAAGGAUAGACAAUAGUCAAGGAAAGCACAUAAGAUUUGAUGAAAAUGGAGAAUAUGAUUUAAAUAAUAAAGCACAUGAUGAAAAAUGGCAAGAUAGAUGCAUUGUUAAAGAAAUAGAAUGUGAACUUCCAAAUGUUCCUAUUAAUCUUAUUCAUUUAACAUCGAAUGAUAAAGACAAAGUUUCAGAUGGAACAUCAUCAUCUGAAGAUAUGCCACUUUUACCAGAUAAUAUAGAGACAUUUGUUGUCCUCACACAGCCUCCAUCUGUAGGAUCUAUUAUUGCAUUUAAACAUCUUUGUAUAAACGAUAGUUAUGAACCCAUCUUGUCUGAUUAUAAAACAGCAACAUUAAUAGAUCGCUCAGAGUCAGAUCUUUUAACUCUAAAGCUUGCUAAACGUGAUCAAAAACAAAAGAAAAUUGAUCUUGAAACUGGAGAGGAAGUUUACGGAAAAUUUGGUGUAGAUACAGAUUUAGAACAUGAUGGUCAAUUGAUUUUACCAUGGAACAGUCUUAUAUCACCUAUUUUGUUGAAAUAA